AUGGACUUAACAGGGCUCGCAACCCCGAAGCGUCGCGAUGUAACGAAGACUAUUAUGGUCCAAAUUAAGAGUGAGGGCCGGUACAUAACGACCCCAUACCUUGAUCUUGUUAGUCCCUUUUGUGUACACACAGUAUUAGGUAAAUAUGUGAAUCUUCCCUCCACACAAGAUCAAUUAAU